UGUCACAGCGAUGUGCAAACUCUUCCCGUUAGCUAUUAGAAACUCGAAUUGAGAGACCUCGCCUAAACCCUUCUCUUCUCCCUCUGUGUAGAUAAUCACUGCAUAAUAUGAAAAUUCACAGAUUGCUCGUCUCCCAUACAUCAAAGAAACGAAUCAAUCUAACCAAGUUCUUCUCCACAAAUCAAGGUCAGUUGUAUGCAUCAUUUUCCUCAACAUCUCACUCUAACAUCCAUGAAAACAACAAAUCCAACACUGGGUAUCUCCUGAAAAAAUCCAUAUUAGCUUCUGAAUGGAACUUAAUUACGGAAUUGUAUUCAAAUUUAUCUUCUUUAGUAGUUCACAAUACCUUGCUUGAUCUUCGUGAAUCACCUAAAACUGUUCUAGGGUUUAUACAAAACUUGGGUUUUUUUCAUUUUGAUAUCAAAUGUUUCAGCUUAUCUAUAGUUAUAAUAUCUCAGCACCGAUCACAUCAAAGUACUGCCAUUGAUCUCUUGAAAAGAGCAAUCCAUGGUGGAUUUUUAAAGAAUAAACCGAUUUUUGAUGAAUUGGUGUUAUCUUGUAAUCUAUUGAAUUCAUCAAAUUCAAUAGUUAUGGAUUAUCUGAUUAGUGCUUAUUGUAAAUUGGGAAGACCUGAAGAAGCAUUACAAGUUUAUAUAUUUAUGAAGGAUCAAAAGAUUCUCCCUCAUACCGAUACAUGUAAUUUGCUACUGAGUUCGUUUGUAAACAAAAAUCUAACUGAAGCAGCUUGGCUUUUUUAUGCUGACAUGUUUAGGUCAAGCAUAUAUUCAUCUGUUGUUACGUACAAUAUAAUGAUAAAUGUGCUGUGUAAAGAAGGGAAACUGAAAAGGGCAAAAGGUUUUAUCAGGGAUAUGGAGGCUCUCGGUGAGAAACCUACUGUUGUAACUUAUAACACUUUAAUUCAAGGUUAUUGUUCACAUGGAAAACUUGAAUCAGCUAUCGAGAUCUUCAAAUCUAUGGAUUCGCAAGGAAUUAAUCCAAAUUCUUACACAUAUGGUUCACUUAUAAAUGGGUUCUGCAAAGAAGGAAAGCUUGAUGAAGCUGUAAAUUUGUUCAAGAAAAUGGAGGGAAGUAAAUUGGUUCCUACUGCAGUAAUUUACAAUACAUUGAUCAGUGGAUACUGUGACAAGGGGAGUCUGGAAACGGCCUUUAGGUUUAGGGAUGAGAUGGUUAAGAAAGGAGUGCAACCCACUAUCUUAACUUACAAUAAGUUGAUACACGCUUUGUCUAUGGAAGAAAAUAUGACUGAAGUCGAAAAUUUGGUGAAGGAAAUGCGGGAAAGAGGAAUGGCUCCUGACGAUGUCACAUAUAACAGCUUGAUUAAUGGGUAUUGCAAGGAAUUGAAUGCAACGAAAGCAAUUGAACUUUAUGAAGAGAUGUUGAGUAAAAGGAUUCAUCCUACAGUUCAGACUUACAGUUCACUUAUCUAUGUUCUUGGCAAACGAAAAAGAAUGAAUGAGGCAGAUCAUUUGUUUAAACAGAUGACUGAUAAAGGAGUAUCGCCUGAUUUAAUAUUGUUUAAUACCAUGAUUGAUGCACAGUGUUCUAAUGGCUACAUGGAUCAUGCAUUUAUGCUUCUGAAGGAAAUGGAUGCGAAGAAGAUUACUCCUGAUGAAGCUACAUAUAAUGCACUAAUGAAUGGGCUCUGUAAAGUAGGGAAAGUUGACGAGGCUCGUGAGCUUCUCAACGAUAUGAAGAAAAGAGGGAUCCAACCUGAUCAUAUCAGUUAUAACACUUUAAUAAGUGGUUAUAGUAGGAAAGGUGAUAUCAUGGAUGCUUAUAAAGUUCGCGAUGAAAUGUUCAGUAAAGGUUUCAAUCCCACUAUUUUCACAUACAAACCUCUAAUUCAAGGUUUAUGUAAAAACAAGGAGCAGGGUCGUGCUGAGGAGCUCCUUAAAGAAAUGGUAAGCAAAGGAAUAAAUCCCGACCACAGCACCUACAUAUCUUUAGCUGAGGGGAAGAGGAAAGAUGAGAACUUGGUGCAAAUUACAUCCACGUGAUACAGGAAUUUCUAGCACAGCUUUGGUAGUUUAUUAGGAAGGAGCAUGCAUUAGUAGGUUAGGGGAGAGUUCCUGAAAUGCUCCAUAGUUUUCUCUCUGUUUACCUGAAGAGGCCGUGGGAUAUAAUUAUGCGCAACUGUCGUUAGUUGUUCUUUCUAUCAGCUUUGGUGGAGCAAGUUGCAGUUUCAUCUACAGUACUGAAGAAGUAAGUUGCCUCACGGGUUGAAACAAGGUUGGAGUCUGUGUUCAGGCAGAUUAGCAAUACUAGAAAUUUAAGGUUUGUGAAUUUACUUUAUGACAUGAUCACGGCGGGGUCUUAUAUCUGCUGCUACAUAACACAUCAGCUCAUGAAGCCUCGAGAUCCUGGAGGAUAUUCAGAACACAGAGGAAAGGCAACCAAUCUGACUGAGAUUCUAAUUAUUUUGGUAGAGCAGUAGACCACAGAUAGAAUUCUUGGUGUCAUUACAGUUAUAUCUAUGAUUCUUCUGUUUAUUUGUAUUUUUAGUUUUACUAUCACUUGCAACUUCUAAUGUAUGAAAAGUGGUACGUUCACUUUUUCAUUUUGUCUAAAACAGGCCAAUUUUCCACUUUUCCUGAAACAGAGAAACAUCAAAACAUACAUAUGAUACAAAUUUGUUAAAAUGAAAAGGAUAUUUUCUAGCCUACCCCAACUUGGUUGAGAUUGGGACUAAAAGGAUUGGUUGUUGUUGUAUGAGGUGACUCAGGUCUGUAUACAGCGGCUGGAAAAAUCAGUUGGCCAGUUAAAAGUUAUAAACCACCACGCUGUGGAUGGAAUAUACCUGGGAUUGAACUUUCUUGAUCUGAUCCAUGUUUCAUGGUUUAAGUACAUUAAGAUUUUUAUUUGUAGUGGAGAAAACGUCUUUGCCACAUAUAGAAUGGUGGAGGCAUCCUGUAAUCCAAUAUGUUAAAAUGGGUGUUAGGUAUGUGGUGUACAAGUCUUAUCUGUCCUCUUCUUUAUAAUUUUUAGAUUUGUAAUUUUGAAGUAUAUCUUAG